GGCGGGGUAAAGGGGCGGGGUGAAGUGACCGGAAGUACGGCUGCAGCGGAACCCACGUGGGGACGCGAUGGGGAUCGGGGGCAAAAUCAACCGGCCCCGAACGGAGCUGCGCAAGAAGCUUUUCAAGCGGCGGCGGGAGCUGGCGCGGGGGCGGCGGCAGAAGCGGCGGUCGGUGUCGGUCCCGGCGGCUCCGGUCCCGCUCUGGGGGAAGCGGCGGAGGAAGGAGCUGAAGCGGCUGCGGGGAGCGGCCAAGAGGGCGCUGGAGGCGGCCGUGACCGAGGCGAAAAAGCCAGAGAAGGAGAAGAGGACCGGCAAGGACGGCGACGUGGAAAUGGCAGAGGUGGCACCAGAGUGACCGCAGUGCCACCAGUGCCACCAGUUCAUCCUGCUGGGCUCACUGGGCGCUCACCGCUGUCCCCAAAACAUCACCGGUGCCCUGUCGCUGUUCUCGGUGUCUGCGCCAGCGUCACCAGAUUCUCACCACUGUGUCCCCAGUCCAUCUGCAAUGUCCCCAGUUUACACCAGCGUCCCCAGUCCCUGUUCCCAGCUCCUCCCCAGUGUCCUCAACCCCUCCUCAGUGUCCCCAGUCCCCGUGCCCAGCCCCGAUCGGUGUCCCCAGCAAUAAACUCGCUCUCCUCUG